GUUUCAGUGCAACGAGGACACCGCAUGCCCCCCCACCCCCACCCCACAAAGCUCCACGAUGCCGAGGGGGUUUGGUACGGCGGAAAACAGACCAUAACGAUGCGGAUUAUAACGUUACACCGUCGAAUACUCGAUGUUCUCGAGCACGCAGAAGGAGGCCUUCUUGAACCAUCCAUAGAUGUAUGAAACGAGGGGUCGUCCUGUUCUUUAGAUGUCUGGGACCUGUUCAUGGCCUCUAAGAAGAAGAAGCAGAAAGGAAUGGUGUUCCAUCAGGAAGGGGCCACCAACCCGGCAGCGGCGCCGGCCGCGGACCAUCCACCUGCACGCUUCGUUGUUCCCAAACCGGGCAAGGCAAGUGAAGGUGGCAUGGAGCCAGGAACCGGUAUAACCCAUAAAGAGGCAGACACAAUGGGGAAACCCAAGGUGUACCCAUCAAAAGAAACCAUCAGGACUUGUGAGGGUCUUCCUGACGUGAAGCAUCCUCCCGGUCCGGACAACCUGUCGCCUGAUAGCAUCCGCAGUGGCAUCAGAGUCACUCUGGACAACAACAGCAUGUGGAACGAGUUCUUCAGAUGCAGAACAGAGAUGAUUCUGACUCAACAAGGCAGCAGGAUGUUCCCCUCCUGCCGCUUUAGGAUCUCCGGCUUGCAGCCGUCAAGGAAGUACUCGUUGGUCAUGGACGUUCAACCAUUGGACAACAGUUGUUACAAGUGGACCGGCAAGACCUGGCAAGUAGCUGGAAAGGCAGAAAGUCACGUUAAGAGUCAACCAUUUGCUCAUCCAGACUCCCCGUCAGCCGGCCAACACUGGAUGCAGAGUCCAGUGUCCUUUUACAAACUGAAACUCACAAACAACAUUUCAGACCAAGACGGGAACACCGUCCUGCGUCCGCUGCACCGCUACCUGCCCCGGCUGCACGUGGUCCAGUCUGACAAAGCUGCUAAAGACAUAAAGUUGAAUGGUCCUAGUGUUGUCACGUUCACGUUCCCUCAGACUGAGUUCAUGGCCGUCACUGCUUACCAGAACUCCCGGUUUUCUCAGCUUAAAGUUGACUACAACCCGUUUGCCAAAGGACUGAAGGAGGAAGGCUCCGGCUCGCUGGGCCUUCUAAAGCUGAAACUGAAGUCUGGCAAAGACUCCCUCAAAGACGGAGGCACAACAAGCAGCGAGCAGCAUCCUGUGAAAAAGAGCUUGAAGUCUCUACUCGCCAACCAUAAACCUAAAAGCUCCAAACCAGUGGACCCAACGCCGUCUGGGUCAGGUGACCUCCAGAAAAAAACCACCACAGAAGAAGAUCAGGCAGCUGUCACUGGGGAAAGCUUGUGCAGCAAUCCUCUCCCAGCUCAGAAGUUAUUCUCUGAACUUAUUCGGGAGGCUCACGUCUCACUGCACAGAUGCAACCUGGAGCAGUUGGGCAUCAAUAACAACACCCCUCACAGAACUGAGAGGACCAACUCUAAAACCACAGCGUUGAAAAGCAAAGAUGUUCCCAAAAGGGAAAGCAUACCCGGAAGAACACAAAGAGACACAUCGUCUGCAAAGACAGCUGACACUGUUGUAACCAAGAGGAAGGUUAAGAAGGAUAAGGACCUUUUGAAUUCAGUAAACUGCAAAGACAAAGUUAGGACAGAUUGUUCUGAGGUCAGUAAUGUUGUGGCCCAGAACUCCUCAGUGGACUCGGACUCCCAAAGUAAGCCCGAAGUGCCACCAGAGGAAAUCAAGAAGCAUAAACGGCUGGCACCUCUUCCAGCCCUGGCUCUGUUCUUGAAGCAGCAUUCAACGAAAUCUAAAAUGGCCAAGAGCAAGUUAGACCCUCCUCCUCCAGAGGCUCCUGCGGGUCUACCUUCUGAUUGCGCCAACAAAGCAACUAAUUCCUCAAAGGACCUCACUGGAGAUGUCCUCAACCAGGCCUCUGGACACACUGAUGCACAUCUUCCUCCAGAUAAAAUGAAUGUAACUGGACAAGUGGUUGGAACUGCCUGUAAGCCUUCGAGUCCUUUAUGUCCAGAUGCUGUUGUUUUUACAGACCCAAAGACUCUAAGAUCCCAAGAUUCCUUGGUUGUCUCUACAGACCCAAAGACCCUAAGGUCCCAAGAUUCCUUGGUUGUCUCUACAGACCCAAAGAUCCUAAGAUCCCAAGAUUCUUUGGUUUUCUCUGCAGACCCAAAGACCCUCAGAUCCCAUGAUUCCUUGGUUGUCUGUGCAGACCCAAAUACCCUAAGAUCCCAUGGUUCCUUGGUUGUCUCUACAGACCCAAAGACCCUAAGAUCCCAAGAUCUCUUGGCUUCUGUUUCUGAAAGCAUAGGCCCAGAGCCGACUGUUACACAAGUGUUACCCAACUCAGAUUUGCAAUUUUGUAAAGCUAGCACAUCUAUAUCUAACAUUUCCUCAACUCUUGCUACCUCUUCUGUAUCUCCUAUAUUGUUGUCAGUGUUACCUAACUCUGCCCCGAACUCGCCACCGACGCCAACCAUUCCCGAGUCAUCCACGCUACCUUCACAAUCAUUAACCAUGAAGUCUGAUUCUUUGCUCCCUGACCCAGAGUGUUCUUCCUUUGGCUUUGAGCCUUUGUCCCCCGCGAGUUCUCCAGAACCGUUACCUUCCCUGCCCAUCUCGUUGUCGUUCGACCUCGACGCCACAACUUCUGAAACCACUCCAAAAUCAGUACAUCCCGAAGAGUUCCAGCACAGCGAAGACUCUGCAUCUGUGUUCAAAUGGCACACAGUGUUACCUCCACCGGAGCCGUACGUAGACCCACCGUUCACAUUUCAGCCACAGGCUCUCCCUUUAGGGUCUGUUACGCCCCCUUUGUUUCCGUCCCAGACUCCCUCCCACCCUGAACCCCAGACCCAUGACCCCUCCACACCCAUGUCUCCCUCUGAUCCCACUCCGUCAUUUCAAGAAAGCGAGCAGUCGUUGCCCUUCCCUGCAGAACUGUCCCCCCUCGCGCUUCAGUUGCCGCUGUCUCCAACCUUUUCGUCGUUAGGCGGAGACGGGUUGUCUCCUACGCCUUCGCUCGCCGACCUCGUGCACUUUUUCUCCAUUGAUGACAACCUCGGGAUGGAGGUGGAGUUUGCGAACACGGAGCCAUUGCAUGGUCCCUCCCCCCCUCCAACUACAGUAGAAGCAAAUGCACCUGAGCCUUCCCAGCAGGUGGAACCGAGCCCUGCCAACAAACCCUGCAAACGCAAGAAGAAGAAGACCCAGCGGCAGAAGCUCGCUAAGACGGAUGCUACCCCAGAGGUGGAUGCCUCCAUCUACACUAAGAUGCAGCCUAACCUGGAGGAAGUGGAGGAGCAGUUAUUUAUCUCUUUCACAUCGAAGGAGGCCCUCAAACGCCACGUUGUUGACUCUUCUGAUGUUGUCCAACAGCCGGAGACGGCACCUGAAGGUCACCUGCAGCGAUGCACCGAUGCACCGGGAAACG